UAUCUCUCCUCCUUUCCUUCUCUCUCUACAGUACCGAGAACAAAGGAAUCGGUUUACGACUUCCAAUACCUUUCUCUCUUGUCUUCUUCCCCUUACCUCGCCAAGCUUGCCUCCCAUCUUCUUCUUCUUUCCCUUACCUCUGAGAACACCUCCACCUCCCCAAUCAGCUGACUUAAGAGGAUUGUCAACAACAGUGCGCCUCAGUCACCAACUCACCGUUCCUCCAAUCCGCGAAAACACUCCUUUUAACUCUCCAGUGAAGAGUCCCAGAUAACUGAGAGAGAAAAAUGGAGGAGGUUCUAAGAAUGGCUUCCAUGGCGACCCCAAGCCCAACCAUCUUCUGUUACAACAAAGCGAAGAAGAUUUCGAAGCUUCCUCGUAUUGUAAAAUGUCAACAAUCACUUGAAGAGCCAAACAACGGCAAAGUCCCUGACCCGAUUACUCGAAGAGAAAUCAUUCUGAGGAGCAGUGAAUUUGCCAUGGUCGGUGCCAUUUUCAACUUCAGUGGGAAAAAGCCUGAUUAUCUUGGGGUACAGAAAAACCAGCCGGCUCUGGCUCUGUGUCCGGCUACUAAAAAUUGCGUUUCAACCUCUGAGAGCGUUGCUGAUCUAACUCAUUACGCUCCGCCAUGGAACUACAAUGGUGGUAGGAAAUUUCCUGUAAGCAGAGAGGUGGCAAUGGAGGAACUUCUUGAAGUGAUAAAAUCAACAAAACCAGACAAGUUCACACCGAUGGUAUUGGAAAAGAAAGAUGAUUAUGUGAGAGUUGAAUACCAAAGCCCCAUUCUUGGUUUUGUGGAUGACGUCGAGUUUUGGUUCCCUCCUGGGAAGGAUUCCAUUGUGGAGUAUCGGUCAGCCUCGCGGCUUGGCAGCUUUGAUUUUGAUGUCAACAGAAAGAGAAUCAAGGCAUUGCGACAAGAGUUAGAAAAGAAAGGAUGGUCUUCUCAAGAUAGCUUCUGAAAGACUGACAUCUGCCAUACGACAUCAAUUUUCAUACCUCUGAAAAUUCAAUGAAAAAAUAAUAUCAAAUCAUUUUAAUAGCCUUUGUAUGGCAAGACAACGAACUUUUCAUGCCAAGGUUCAAUUUCCUUUCUGGUAUGUUAAUUGUUAGUUUUUGAACCUAA